AGUUUGCUUAACUUAACCCCUGCUACUUCUUCUUAAGCUCCCCUCUUGCAAACCAGUUUUUGUCUCUAAUCUCGUCGCCUCGCCGUCUCCCCACGCCCCCAAAACCCUAGACGCAACCCGGCUCCGCCGUCGUCCGCCGCGGGCCGCGGCCAUGGAUCUCCUCCGCGCGAACCUCCACAAGGUCCGCAUCCCGGAGCCCACCAACCGCAUCCACAAGGACGAGUGCUGCGUCUCCUUCGACACCCCGAGGUCGGAGGGCGGGCUGUACGUGGACAUGAACUCGUUCCUGGGGUUCGGGAGGGAGCACGUCGCGUGGAACUUCGAGAAGUCGGAGAACCCCGUGUACCUCCACAUCGUGCAGCGCCGGAAGCCGGAGCCGGACGAGACAGAUCGCCCGCUGAAGAAGCCAACCCUGCUCGCCAUCGGCGUGGAGGGAGGUUUUGGUGAACAAGAACCUGAAUACGAUGUGACUUAUGAAAUCGUUAUUUUGCCUGAAUUCGAAUCUCUCCCGUUUCCAUCUGUUGACUUGCCAGAGAAGGUUAGGCUUGCCGUUGAUAAAGUUAUACUUGCGGAGAGUGCUGAUAGAAAGCAACAACUGGCUUCUUGGGUGGCUGACAAGAAGAUAAUCAGUGCACAUGCUAUGGAUCUGCAACAACUAGACAAUGGUGUUAUUGUGCCCCCUACCGGGUGGAAGUGUAGCAAGUGUGACAAAACUGAGAAUCUCUGGUUAAAUUUAACUGAUGGUAUGAUCCUCUGUGGGAGGUGGGUCUGGGACGGAACUGGUGGGAAUAAUCAUGCUGUUGAACACUACCAGCAGACUAAAUAUCCUUUAGCGGUGAAACUUGGAACAAUUACUGCUGAUUUGGAAGGAGCAGACGUUUACUCAUACCCGGAAGACGAUAGCGUUGAAGAUCCAAUAUUAGCUCAGCACUUGUCACAUUUUGGUAUUGAUUUUUCUUCACUCCAAAAGACUGAGAUGACUACUGCUGAAAGAGAACUUGACCACAACACUAAUUUUGAUUGGAAUAGAAUACAAGAAAGUGGCAAAGAUGCCGAACCUUUAUAUGGGCCGGGCUAUACUGGCCUUGUAAACCUUGGAAAUAGUUGCUACAUGGCUUCAGUGAUGCAAGUUAUGUUUUCAACUCAUCCCUUUAUAUCACGGUACUUUGAGAAGCAGAGCUUGAAAGCUGCGUUUGCAAUUUCUCAAGCUGAUCCAACGUUGGACUUAAACAUGCAAAUGACAAAGUUGGCCCAUGGUAUGCUCUCUGGUAAAUAUUCUGCACCCAGUCCAGAGGGACAGGAAGGAAUACGUCCCCGUAUGUUUAAGUCAGUAAUUGCAGCAAGUCAUCCUGAAUUUUCCAGUAUGAGGCAACAGGAUGCGCUUGAAUUCUACCAUCAUCUUAUUGACAAAGUUGAUCAGGCAAACCCUGGAAACCAUGAGUUAAAUCCUUGUACUGGCUUCAAGUUCAUCAUUGAGGAGCGGGUUCAGUGUCCCUCUGGGAAAGUUUCUUACAAUCAACAUUGUGACAACUUUCUUACUUUGAGCAUACCAUUGCAUGAAGCGACUAACAAAGAGCAGCUAGAAGUGUUCCAUGAGAAGAAAGCAGCAAUGGACUUGGAUGGAAAGGAAUUGUCUAAGGAGGAAAUCGUGAGGCCAAGAGUCCCACUGGAGGCAUGCUUAGCAAGUUUUUCAGGCGGAGAGGAAGUGCCUGAGUUUUACAGCACUGCAUUAAAUUCAAAGACGACAGCAAUUAAGACUACUGGCCUUAAAACUUUUCCUGAUUACCUGGUGCUUCAGAUGCGUAAGUUUGUGAUGGGAGCAGGAUGGGUGCCAAAGAAACUUGAUGUUUAUAUUGAUGUGCCGGAUAUAAUCGAUAUCUCGCACAUGCGCAGCCAUGGUGUACAGCCUGGGGAAGAGCUACUGCCCGAAGGAGCUUCUUGUGGCAACAAAGCGGAAUCUGCUCGUCCUGUUGCCGACGAGGAUAUUGUAUCCCAGCUUGCAAACAUGGGGUUCAAUUACUUUGCCUGUCAGAAAGCUGCUAUUAAUACAUCAAAUGCAGGACUUGAGGAGGCAAUGAAUUGGCUCCUCUUACACACGGAGGAUCCAGAUAUUAAUGACCCGAUAUCUCAAGAUCCAAUGCCUGCAGAAGACACUAUUGAUGAAGCAAGUCUUCAAACUCUUGUUUCCUUUGGCUUUCCAGAAGAUGUUUCCCGAAUGGCCUUGAAAGCUUCUGGUGGAAAUAUUGAGAGAGCCACGGAGUGGGUUUUCAGCCACCCUGAAGCAUCUAACUCUGUAUCUGCUGAUUCUUCAACAAGCACUGUAAAAGAUGACAACUCGCACAUAUCAGAUGGAAGUGGCAGAUACAAGCUGACGGCAUUUGUGAGCCACAUGGGAACCUCUACACACUGUGGGCACUAUGUCGCCCAUAUCCUCAAAGAUGGGAGGUGGACAAUCUUCAACGACAAUAAGGUGGCUGCAUCUGUUGACCUGCCCAAGGACAUGGGAUACCUCUAUUUCUUUCAGAGGAUAAGCAGUUAAAGCAGAAGGUUUGAAGUCAUAGUUCAUGCACACAUAUCAUCCGGGAGCAUGGCGGAUGGUCGAAGGACUCUUGGUGCAAAUCUGACUUGAAGCGACCAUUUCGCCGCAUCCUGACGUGCUGGUUUCUAGGCUGAUCAUGCGGGAUACUGCUUUGUUGGUUCAGACGUUAUGCAUUGGCAACUUCAGUUACGUUUAUGCUUAGUACCAUGUGACUGUUCAUGCAAAGUGAAUGGUUAUGUUUCGAGUCGUACAAUCUGUCAGCGCCCCGUUGGUUUCCUUUAGUUGGAAUUUUAUUCGAGCAUUGUUGUUUGCUUC